AUGCACGCAACCAAACUGGUUCAGUUCAUUACUAUCCAAAACCCAGAUCAUGCCAAGGACCGCUCAGUGAGGCGCCUAGCCCGGUCUCAUGCCGUCGCUCGAGGCAUCGAGAAGAAACGAAAGCUCGAACAAAAAUCAGGACACAAUUUCCGUAUAGUCUCGAUACCGGAUGAUGCUGAUCGACCCUCCAAGAAAAUCGAACAGGAGAAAGUCCUGGGCUGGAUACCGAGUUCCCUGUUGACGCCCCAGGCCAGCCCAUUUCAGACGCUUACAGCUGAAUCACCCAAGCUCCAAACAUUGCUCAGCAACCGCAAAUCUCAGAAAUCUACAGAGCCCGUUUUUAGCGUUUCAGACGAGCUUGUCCUCCAAAGUCUGGGCUCAACUCUCCGAAAAGGCCUUGACGACGAUGCUCUUUUGAAUGCCGUCAUGCUGACAUUCGCAUUUGCUGUCAGCUCCGGAAGCAUUGAUAAAGAGUGCCUGGACUACCAGAGUGAUGCAUUGAGUUCCAUUCGUCAAAGCAUGAGUUCUCCAGAACGAGCUACUUCAGAAUCGACACUUGGAGCUAUCCUUCUGCUCGCCGGCAUAGAUGCUCGUCUUGGAAUGCCUCGUCAAGUCCAACUUCAUAUGGGUGCGAUUCGUCAGCUCCUUGACCGACGGCAUCAAACGUGCCAUAUUCUGGUGAGUAGCAUGCAGAUUUUCUUUAUAGUUCAUUCUCAUACAACUCUUUUUAGGCAGGACUUGAAUUCCUCCGUCAUGACAGGGUCGAAACGCGUUGUUGAUCACACAACAUUUUCCGAACUCCAUUGGGCACGGGAUCCGUUCACUCCAAACUUUUACAUCCUACCACCUGGAUUUCAAGCCCUAUCUCAUAUGUUUGAAAAAGAGUUUAUUGAGAUUCUCAAGGACGUCCACGGCUUGAAAUGCAUCCGAGACAAUUCUCGCAUUGGCAGAGGUGAUGUGGUAGGAAUGGCACGCAUUGAUAACCACCAGGCAUCCAUUCAGUCGAGGCUGGCAGGUAUACAAACCCACUCUCCAAUCUCUGAGUGCUGUCGAUUAGCAGCAUAUCUAUGUUCAACCUCGCUGCGCUGCAAAAUCUGGCCCGCCUCAACCAUUCCCUCACACCUUUCAUCACAACUACUCUACAAAUUGCAGGAAGUCAUUGAUGACCCCGUGUGGGAUGACUGCCCUGAUUUUCUCGCUUGGCUUUUGCACAUUGGUGGUGCUUUUGCCCUCCCCGGCGCAAUACGAUCUAGUUACUUGGUGUUGCUACGAUCUGAGAACAACACCAGACUAAGAGGUUUGUAUAAAUCGUGGCCGGAACUGCUUCAAAUAGUGAACCAGUUCAUUUGGUCAGAGAUAGCAUUCGCGUUACCUGUAAAGAAAUUCUGGGAAGACAGUUCUAGUUAG